UCUCACUUCCAUAUUCUCUCUUCACUUACCAAAUAAGGUGGAUUUUUAUCAUACGGUCUUUUGUUUCCAUCUCAAUAUGCAAUCAAAAAUAGAAUCUAAUAAUAACAAAAAUAGAUAUUAUUUAGUUUAGGAGUAUAUCAGCCAUCAAGAGAGAGACUCUCCUCCGUCUCUCUAAAAUUACACCGACUAAUUAAAAUAACGUAUGGAAUCCCGGCACUACUACUCCCACCGCCGGAAUGACCACCUAGUACUCAGGGACAUCUGUUGUUGCUUAAAUGGGAUCUGCCUCCGCUACAACAAUCGGAGCAGCGACAAUACAUACCAGCACCAACGGUAUUCUCAUCCUCAGUCGGAGGCUUCUACCAACGAACUUCCUCGCGUUACUACCCAACACGCAAGAAUGGCGAACCAACAUCACAAAUCAGGUACGUCACAUGAGCGGACCUUUUUAGGACGGAUAGAGACAAAGAAAAUGUCGUGGCUCUUCAUCCUCCCUUGAUUAUACAUCCAAACUCUUUGUUCAAAGAUAUCAGUACGUAUAGGGACUCCGUUGAAUUAAUUCACGCACCGAAGGAAAAGUCAACCAAGGAAAUCGAAAAUUUUCACUUCUUUGGAGACGAGGGCUUUUAGAUUUGCUGAUAGACACAAUGAAAUUGUCAUAUUUGAAAUUAAAAAAUCCUCUCUGCAUAGGAUUAAUUUCAAAAAAGAACAAGCGGUCGACAUCUACCCAUUAUAAACCAUCUCACCGGAUCAGACAAUUUUAGGGAAAACAGAAGAUUUGGUUCUAUCAUGAUCUCCUCAAAAUUCAACAACUCUCGGGCCAAUAUUUGAAGAUUGCUAAGGAAAAGGGAAGCUUCAUACUAAUCCCCAUGGGCCCAAAAAAAUUCAAUUUAAAAAAAAAUUAUGGCAAUAUUCUCAAAAUUUGUUGGAUUGACUGAUUUUGUGAAGGAGAUAACAAUGGAUUGGCUACAAGAAACCAUGUUAGUUACAGAGGAGCCAAAAUCAAUAUCUAGACUUAUUUUUUAUUCCCAAAUUCGGGGAGCCUACUUAGAGAAACAAAGAUCUUCAACUCCAGUAGAACGGCAUAGGCUUAAUCAGGCUUACUCAGACGCAUUGGACAACUUUUAUCAAUCAGAUGAUUCUUCCUUCAGGGAAGACUUUCUGGUACAUGCCACUGAAAGUGAUCAUCGUCCCCCUAUCUCAACUCCAGGAUAAAUUACGAAAUCAAAAUUCAAUAGAGCAGCGAUUCGCAGGAAGUCAAAGUUUGUUACCUCAGAAAAUUGCCUUCCAACGAAAAACUUAAACACACAACUCAAAAUCUACAGGAAAUCUCAAAAGAAUAAAAGACGACACAACAUGACUACUAGGUCUAAAUCAAGAGAAUUUCCUUGGGUGUAGUUUUAG